AUGGACGAAUUGAUGGAACUCGAAGCGCGGAGCGACGAACUCGCCGCUGCGAUCAAGAGCCAUAUCGAGCGUCGUCGUCGCGACACCCAAUCUUCUGGGGUCAACUCGGACGCGGAAAAGGAGCCCAGCAAAGCCAAAACGGGAAUUUAUGCCAGUAUGGCGAAAAUGAAAGCAGUACUUGAUGGGCCAGUCGACUUGCUGCAGGAUCUUGCUCGCCAGGUCGAGAUCGUGGCUUGCCUUAAGUGGCUUGCGGAAUUCCAGAUCCUGGCAUGCAUCCCGCCGGAUGAGAGCAUGGCCAUCAAGGACCUCGCGGACCUUGCAGGGGUUUCAGAAAUCCAGCUAGGCCGCGUCAUUCGCCUCGUGGCGACAUCGGGGAUUCUUCAGGAGCCCAUCACAAACUAUGUGUCUCACACCCCCUUGUCAGCCCAAUUUGUCACCAACCAGUCCUGGCUCGACGCCGCGGUUUUCAUGGCCGAUGUGGCCGCCCCGACGGCGUUACAGAUGCCGACGGCGACGCAGCGCUUCGGAAGCUCACGCAACCCGUCAGAGACAGCGUAUAGUCUGGCGCUGCGUACGAUCCAGCCGUUUGGGGUCGCGAUACAGGAGCAGCCGAAGCUGGGCCGCCAAUGGUCGGCGUAUCUGCGCCACGCGGUGGGAUUGCAUCAGGAGAAGGAAAUCGCGGGGAUGCUUUCGCAACUGAAAUGGUCUAACCUUGGUAACGCAUUCAUCGUCGAAGUUGGUGCCCAGUCGACGAUCAUGGCGCAGCAUCUCGCCCAAGAAUUCCCAACUCUGCGCAUAAUCGUGCAGAUUACUCACACGCGGUCAUCCUCAUCACUGCAUAAUCUCGAGCAUUUGCGACUGAUUGAGAUGAUGGGGGGUGUGGAAUCAGAUUCUAGCUCCAGCUCCAGCUCCCGACCUAGCUCGGCCGGCGGUCGCAUCACCGUCACAUACCGCGCGGCGGGUACGCCUCAGCCGGUGAUAGAUGCGGCUGUUUACAUUCUUCACCUGAGCUCUUCUGCGGGGGCGGAAGCAAUCGACCGGAUAGCUAUGGUCAGGGCUGAACUGCAAGAUUACCUGGGCGUCCUCCGCUCCAGCGGUGGUAUCUUGCUCAUCCCUACGGCAAAUCUGCUUCCUGAGCCUGGGAGCCUCGUAGAUCCUAUAAUGGAGGCUGUGGCGCGGGCGCACGACCUCAACAAUCCGGGAUGGCCUUGGGAGGCUUGUUAUCACGAAGCAGCUGCGUUCGCCUAA